GCUUUCAGUUGCAGCUCGACAGUCUGCACGGGACGAUCGAGUUACGUACUGGUAAACGGUGUGCAGUUUGCGUAUACGUAUACGCGUAUGGCAUAUGUAUUAGUGGUCAUAGGCGCAGUCUCGUGUGUGCACGGGUAACCGAUACGCCGGACGGAGUUGACACACGCGCAGCAAUGGCGUAUACCCCUGAAGAGGCUUGAACGUGUUCUUCCCGUCUCUCGUCAAAUAUUCCCUUCGUGUCGCGGUGUGUAGUGUGUGUAAAAAGGACGAUCGAGUCGAGUAAAAGAUCGUGCACGUACGCAGACAACGGAAUCGCGAUUCGACGUCCUGUUUCUAAAGGGUGUUUCGGGCGGUGAGCGAACGACGACACAUUAACGCCCAACAUCCGUGCCCCGUUCUGUCGUUCCGACACGCGAGUCCGUGCCUCGCGUUCUCACGGACGUCGUUGUAAAGCUUCGGUCGAACAAAAAGCCUGGCCCAAACGGAAAUUCAGCGGAGCAGAAAAGUGCAGCGGGCCGGCGUUAAAAGCGAUGCUCGGACGCCGGACGUACAAGGGGUUCGCGACGGUGUGAAGCGGAUUUCACUGAAGAAAGUUGGAUAAAAUAGCACGCGAAGAUACACAGGGAAGAGAGAAGUUCUAUUGAGAAUACUGCCACAUGGUCCUAGCCUUGAGGUAUCGGAGGUCUACUUAAAGAAGAAUAUACUCCAAUCUCUGAAACGGCUAUUUGGCGAGGAAGGCAUCAAAUGCACCAUCGACAUUUUAAAAUAUAAUCCAAAGGAGCUUAGGUGUAUUUUAAGGUGCACUGACGAUUGUUAUGUAAGGCUGCGAGCUGCCUUGACCGUAGCUGGAAAAUACGAAGGGGAACCCUGCACUUACGUCGUUCAUCGCGCUUCGGCAAAUUUAUUAUCCUUUACUGCCAACAGUAGGACUUAUCGACACUAGAGUUUGGAAGGAUUUGCGUUGCAAAGGAACACGCUUCUUUUCAACAGUUCUCGUGCAUGUUUUUGUCAGUCGGUCAAUUAUGCCAUUGAUUCACAAGGAAGGCAAGGACACCAUAAUAUUUGCCUCUAAGGAAGACCAUGCUACUCCUAGUAAGGUAGAACUUCCUGAACCAGAACCGAGUCCUGGUCUCUUACUUUCUAACGGCGAAAUUAAUUGGAAUUGUCCGUGUUUGGGAGGAAUGGCUACUGGGCCUUGCGGGCUAGAAUUUCGCGAGGCCUUCUCCUGUUACCAUUACUCGACAGCGGAUCCAAAAGGUGCCGAGUGUUACGAGGCAUUUAAGACCAUGCAAACGUGCAUGGUGCAAUAUCCAGCGCUCUAUGGAAGGAAAGGUGAAUCUUUGGAAGACUUCGACGACGAGGGUGAUCCAAUGGACGAGCAUAAGAAAGACAUCGAAGCAGAGAGCAAAGUUUCUCACUUAGAAUCAAAAGUGAAAGAGGUACCACCCCCUAGCAUUGAAAAGGGAAUAAAACGAACUGAUGUAACGAAUUCUCUUGCCAGUGAAUAAACAAUCGAUGCGGGUUCGCAUCGGAGACUUAGAGUAAAUUUUUACUGGGACUUAAUGAAACAGGAUCUCUCUUGUCUGUAGUCCUCGCGAAGAAUAGGUUGUGCGAGAAAGUAUUUUUGAACAAAAUAAACUGCUCCUAAAUACUGUUUU